GCUGGGCUCUCCCAACAACUCAGGAGAGCUCUCCCUUGACAAUUUUAACAGUUUAAUAAUCCCUGAAAUUUAACGCUAGCUGACAAAACCAUACUAAGACAAACUUUGCUAACAGUUAGUAGUUAGCUAGUUGGUUAUAGUGAGUGAGUGAGAGGGGGAACCCUUUGGCAGCCCUUUAACUGAUCAGCUGUGAUCACGUUCAGCAGCAUUUGUGGUCCGUUAAAAGAAGCCAUACGUGCUUCUCCGACAGAUUUUUAUGGAGGCUGUUUUGAGCUGUAAACCCGAGGAUUUGGAGGAUUACUACGGGUUACUGGGAUGUGAUGAACUGUCAUCGACUGAACAGAUUCUCAAUGAAUACAAGAUUCGAGCCUUGGCAUGUCAUCCAGACAAACACCUUGACAGCCCAAGAGCAGUGGCAGAUUUCCAGAAGCUGCUGGAAGCCAAAGAGGUUUUAUGCGAUGAAACCAAAAGGAAAAACUAUGAUCUUUGGAAAAGAAGCGGCGUUACGAUCCCAUUCCAUGACUGGCAGGCCUUGAACGACUCAGUGAAAACUUCAAUGCACUGGGCUGUGAGAAAUAAGAAGGAACCAAUGUUGGAGGCCUCCAAACCAGAAGACCCCAUCACGUCACAAGCAGAGAGCUUUCACUGUGAGCAGCAGGAAACGGGGAAACCUUCGUGUGAAAGCACGACAUUCUUGGGUGAUUUCUGCCAUCGACGCUUCCGCUGGGCUGCUGACUCUCCAUCUAAUCUGCUGCGGAAAUUCCGAAAUUAUGAAAUCUAAAUAUAUUAAAACUUUCAUGUUGUCUAAGUGUUGCUAGACUUGGGACCAUUUUAUUGUAAUGCCAGCUUUUAUAGAGUAUGUUUAGUUGUUGUGCAGCUGUGACAUCAGUAACUGUCUCACUGUGUUUACUCUUGCCUACUAAUUGGUGGGACUGUUGCAAAGCUAACUGUCAGGUAUAUGUUACAUUUGGCUAAAUUCUUUAUUAUUAAUAUUAUUUUUCUUCCUUGGUGUGUACCUUCCCUACAGUUUGUUGUAGAGACACCAUUCUGGCACCAAAUUGCUUCCUCAUUUUUUUCUGUCAUGUUUGAAUUAUUUAAUGUGUCCUCACUUAUAGCUCCUUAUUCAGGUGAAUGGGAGGGCUAUAGAGGACUAAUUAACCACCAGAAAAAGAGAGCCAGAAGAAUGUUACUUCAGCCAUCAUUUUACCACCGAAUCAUAUAAAAAUUUGUCUUUUUUCUAACAAUGUCUUCCUCAAUGUCUACCAGAUGUAUACUUUUUGAUCUGGCGGCAUUUGAGUGAGACAAGUUCCAUCUCACCGCCCAAUAGACUUAUAUGAAGCCUAUAGGCAGUCUAUUGGGCAGUGAGAUGGAAUACAUAUAUAUGUAUCUCUCUCAGUAACAUACAGUGGAGGCAUGAUUGUGCAUGAUCUUAUUGUUUGCUGUAAUGUAUGUGUGUUUGUAUUAGUAUUAUUCUUUGACUUCUUUGAGGCCAAACUAAUUCUUUGAAUUGAAACCUUAAGUUUUCCACAAUUUUACACCCACCCUUUAUCAGAGGGAAGUCACAACAUGUGGUCUAUAGCCAAAUAUAAUAUGUUAUUUUGUAAAGAUAUGAAAUUACUUCUUGUUUAGUUUGUUUUAACUGCACUGUCAGAAGAAAUAUAUUUUAAAUGUUCAGUAGCAAACCAUAUGAAGUGAACACAGGGUUUCAAAUCUUUAAGGUGGGAGUCAGAAUCAAGAAAAAAAGCUAAUAUAGCUAAUAUGAAUAUAGUUAAAUAUCGCAAAUAAAAUAAACAAUAAUAAUAACAAAAAAUUAAGAUUACCUGUAAAAGUAGCUGUUAAAAAUAGCAGGCUACAGAAUUUUUUAGUUCCUAUAAUGAAAAACACACAGACUGAGUUUCUGUAACACAGAUUUAGCUUUGAGCAUAAACCUUUUAAGGGAACUUGCUGACACAGUCUCUUUCAUGUUGUUUACACCAAAUUCUAACCCUGCACUUCAAACGUCUUAGCAGAAGUCGACUCAUUAGCCCAAGCAACAUUUUUCCAAGCCCUUGUUGUCCAAAUCUGGCAGAUUUUGCAGUGUCUUCGUUUUUUGUUCUUGGCUGACAGGAGUGGCACCCGGUGUGGUCUUCUGCUGCUGUAGCCCAUCUGGUUCAAGGUUUGACAUAAUGUGCAUUCAUGGAUGUUCUUCUGCAAACCUUGGUUGUGAUGAGUUAUUAUUUGAGUUAGUGUUGCCUUCCUAUCAGCUCCAGUCAGCAAGUAAAUUUCUAUAUGCCUAAAUACUGUGAGAUUCUGCCAUGUGAUUAGGUUAUGAUAUUUUCAUUACUGAGUGGUUGGUGAGUGUAUUUAUCAGACAUUUCAUCAUAAAUAAAAUGAUGGCAUGACAACCCAAUGCUUGUAAUGCAAGUGACCUUCUUUUAUUUGUAUCACUGACUAUUAUUCAUGUAGCAGACUGUAAGC